GAACGGGUUGCAUGGCGUAUUGCCGUUCUGCUGCAGACAUCAUUCUGAAAGCGUUGUCCUUGGAAGAGAGCAGUUCAUUGGAAGCGUGUGAACUGUACACUACAGCAAUAGAGAUACUCCUACAAGGAGCUCGAGAUGAUGAUGAUUUGAAGAGAAAGAAAGCCGUGAAAGAAAAAAUCCUUCAGUAUAUGUCUCGAUUUGAGAAGCUGUUGAAACUCGGAGAAGAAUUUGAAGCCGCCAGAAGGUUGGACAUCCCUGCAGCUGCGGAUGGUCAGAAACCAAUUUCUCGCAAGGAAACGCUUAAAAAUUUUCAAGAACAACGUGACGGCGUUGGAACAGGUACCCAUGAAGAUAGUCAAGAAAACAGAGAAACAAGAACUACAGAGAUGACAGACAAGACACAUACGCUGACCAGCAAUACAUUGGAUGCUGAAUUGUCUGUAGAGGACAAACUGUCUGAUAUGGGCAGCUGGUCUUCUCAAGUAGAAGAUGAAGGUAAACGGUCUUUCAAAAAGAAUGAAGAAGAAUUAAGACACAGUUUCCCUGAUGCUCUAGCUGCUACAGAUGCCUUAGCAUCAAUAAACAGACUAGCCAGCAAGCUGAGGCAGGAUCCAGAGAUGUGGGAGCUGGAGGAAGAACUGAAGAGAAUUUUGAAGGAAUCAAAUUAGUUGCUAUCACACAUGUGUGACCAUUAGUAACGUUGGUCAGCAAUGACAAUAACUCUGACUGUACAUAUUUGUCCAAACGGUUUGUAGAAAGUAAAAACUAUUGUAUUCAGCCUAAUUCGAUAUCUCAUG